AUGGCACAAUCGUUCUUGAAAAACUACUUGGGCCUUGGGCGGUCGUCGCCAGUGGACGACGACAAGACCCCCGUCAGGGCUUUGCCGGCCUCAUGGUACACCUCUCAGGAAAUGUAUGAAUUGGAAAGACGAGCAAUUUUCUCUAGAAAAUGGCUCCUCAUCACCCACAAACUGAGACUGGCCAACCCAGGCGACUGGCUCCGAUAUGAUGUGGCUGGUUUCCAGUUCAUUCUCUGUCAAGACCGCGACGGGAACAUCAAUGGUUUCCACAAUGUCUGUCGCCACCGUGCUUUCCCUAUCGUGACCGAGGAAAAGGGUCACAACAACAUCUUUGCUUGCAAGUACCAUGGCUGGUCAUACGGCCUCAAUGGCAAGCUAGCCAAAGCACCAGAGUAUCAAGACCUACCAGGGUUCGAUAAAUCUCAGAACGGGCUCCUGCCUAUCCAUACCCACAUUGACCACAACGGGUUUAUCUGGGUCAACUUGGAUGGCGGUGCGAAGCCAGAAAUCGCCUGGAACGACGACUUUGAAGGUGUCGACAAGCAAGCCAGGUUCGAACACUACAACUUUGAUGAGUACCAAUUUGAUCACAGCUGGGAGAUGGAAGGUGAAUAUAACUGGAAAAUCCUGGCCGACAACUACAAUGAGUGCUAUCACUGCAAGACCACCCAUCCUGAUAUCCCGACCAUUGCGGACCUCAGCUCUUAUGGGGUCGCGACAAAGGGCGGUCACAUUCAACACUUUGGCAACCCUACGCCAGAGCAGAUUGCUCGGGGUCUUCGGGUGGCGGCCACCUACUUUUUCCCCAAUGCAUCCUUGAAUGUUUCGCCGCACUUUUUCUUCAUCCAGAGAUUCGUCCCUAGCGGCCCUGUCAAGUCCACCAUGAGAUAUGAAGUCUACAGGAACAAAAACUCUAGUGAUGAGGACUUUGAACUGGUCAACCAAAUUUAUAAGAGAAUCAUGUCGGAGGACAAGUACCUCUGCGUCAACACCCAGAAGAAUCUCAAUGCGGGAGUCUUUGUCAAUGGCGAGUUACAUCCCCGGAUGGAGAAGGGCCCGCUGUUCUUCCAGAAGUCAGAGGAGAGAUUGGCACAUCUGGAAGAGAAACUAGAUCUCUUGUUGAGUGGUGGCUUGCCGAAUCAUGCCGCACGUCAAGAACAGACACUCGAAGACACCGUCGACUACUCAGAGAAGUCGUACUCAGUAACUCCCCCAGCACGCGAACCCAGUUAUCCUACCAGUCAUCCUUCUUCAACCCUCGAAUUCGACACCGACAACGCAAAUCCACGGCCACGCCCAUCCGAUAUUGCUGUUGGGCUCGACCUGUACUUCAAGUACUGCCACAAGCAACCCAUCUGGUGCUUUGGGAGAGAAGACAUUGGAGAUCACAGCUCGCUCCCUGAAGAACUCGCUUGCAGUAUCCUUGCUCUGACUUCACGCUUUCCUCCCAAAUGUGACCAGAUGCAGCGCUACGGCAAAAACGCACGGAGUUUGAUCAUGCUUCGUAUUGCCAACGGGACCGUGGACCUUACAACCAUUGAGAAUGGAAACAUGUCGCUGGGCCAAUUUCACGUCGGUCUUGCUUUUCAACUCUGUCGCUCGGCCACGCUAGACCUCGAGUCCAUAUACACAGUAGAGGACGCGACCACGGAGCGCAAGAAACGGCUGUUCUGGAGUCUCCAGUUACUCGAGCAGUCUUUCGGCCGACAACAUGGCCUUUUGAGCGUCCCCACAGAAACAUGGCGACCAUCCUAUUCUUCAAGAGGCAGAGGUCAGGGCCCAGACAGGGAGGUUGAUCAAAAGGCCCCGCCUCUACCCCGAGAUGAUCUGGGAUGUUCAACACCUACCGAGCCGGGGAUCUGGAACACAAGCGUCCAGCUGGGAUGGGUCUGGAGCCGGGUAAGAAAAUACGUGUCCAACUGUGCUCACAAUAUCUGGAAAGAACCCUGGCGACACGACUCGAUGUACGCCAUGGUGCUGUCUGAUUUCAUGGAAACCGAGAACAGGAUACCCAUUUGCCACCGCUACGACUCGGUCAAGUUCUACGAGCGCAAAGUGGAAGAGCUGAAAGUCAACCGAGACUAUUGGGCGCCGUGGUUGAGGGAGCAGUUCAACUACCACGCAAUCCCCACGGUCCUGAAUCACCCGUUCCUGUACAUUAUCGGCGCACAACACAAUCCGAACCUGGCAAUCCCCAAUACAUUCUGGAGGCGAUCUUCCGAACUGGCCCUGUUACACUCGACCUGGAUUGUGCGCAUGAUCGAUAUGGUCCUGGAUAAGCAAAUGCCGCUGGUCGAUCCAUUCUUUGGCCAUGUGGCUGCGAUUGCGGCGACGGUGCACCUCUAUUACUGUUGUGCGGCCGAUUCCAGACUGAAACACAAAUCAAAUACGGACUUUGCAAAGUGCAGGAGGUUUCUGAAGAGCUUUGUGCCCUUUUCACCGGCCUGUAAAGCCUUGGACACUAAUCUGGACAAGAUGACACGGAUUGCGGCCGGAUCUGAGACGAUGGACGUUGAGGAUUGGAUGCCCUCCAAAAUCUACCUGAGUGUGCCCUUGAUGUGGGAUAUCCUCCAGUUCAACUGUAUGGCAGACUCCCGUGAAACACCGACGGCCGGUUUGCUCGACGCCUCGCUCUCGCCGGCAAUGCCACAAAAAUACCCGGAUGAGAGCUCGACCCUGGAGAUCAUUGUCGCCACCUCGCCGGAAAUCAGCGUCAACACGGCCGACGGAGGACAAGAUGCCCCGAUAUUGUCAUACAGAGCGCCUGUUUCGUCCGCACCAGAGUCUACACAGAAGAAUGUCUGCAAUGAGAUAUCCGUCGAGCAGGCCGAUAGCCUCACGUUGAACACUACCCCCUGGCUCUGGGCAGACCCUUCGCAGUUCGUGGGCAUGGGGGAUAUGGGCUACCACGACUCACAGUCCACCAUGGGCGACGCUCGAGCUGCGGCAUGGUGGGAGGUCGAAAACAUCGGUAACGUCAUGUUCAAUCACUUUUAG